CGUGAUGACCUCAGCUCAACAUAAACAACAACGUUAGGUGUCGAAGCUAGGGACCGUUUAGUUUGUAACCGCUGACACUCAAAACAUGGCAAAGAAAGCGGAGGUCUCCACGAAUUAAUGGCUGUAAUAACGUGAAAUGCACCAGUUUCUAUGCUCCAUCCUUAGCUCUUGAUCUGUUUCCACCAUGUCGUCACGUGUGUUGCUGCGCCAGCAGCUGAUGCGAGAACAAGCUCAGGAACAGGAGAGACGUGAGGCCCAGCAGCAGGCCUCUGCCUCUCAGCUCCGAGCCUCUGACUCCACGCCAGCUAUCUCCGUCACUCUGCCACCGAAUGCUGCUCGUCCUCCACCAGCGCAGGUGCCUGUGGAGGUGCUAAAAGUGCAGACCCACUUAGAGAACCCCACCAAGUACCACAUCCAACAGGAACAGAGGAAACAAGUGAAGCAGUACCUCUCCACCACUUUGGGCAACAAGGCAGUCACUCAGUCUCUUGGCGUGUCCCCCGUGCACCAGUCCAGUUCAGCCCCUGAAGUCGGCCCUCCUGCCAGCAGCGCCCCCAAUAGUCCCAUGGCUCUACUUAACAUCGGAUCGAACAAGGAGGAAAUUGAUGACGUGAUCGACGACAUCAUCAGUCUCGAAUCCAGCUUCAACGACGACAUCAUUACCUUGAUCGAUUCAGGACUCCAGUUGCCCAGCACGCUCCCAGGAAAUCUGCUGGAUGUUUACCACAGCCCAGGAAUGGCAGCUCCUACUCUCACUGUCAGCAACUCCUGCCCUGCUGACCUUCCACAGAUUAAAAGGGAAAUUACUGAUGUCGAUACCAAAGCAUUUUUGAAAGAAAGGCAGAAGAAAGACAACCAUAACCUCAUUGAGCGGAGGCGAAGAUUCAACAUAAAUGACCGAAUAAAGGAGCUUGGUACUCUGAUCCCCAAGUCAAGUGACCCAGAGAUGCGUUGGAAUAAAGGCACCAUUCUGAAAGCUUCUGUAGACUACAUCAGGAAGUUACAGAAGGAACAGCAGAGAACCAAGGAUAUUGAAAUGCGCCAAAAGAAGUUAGAGCAGGCCAAUCAUAUUCUAAUGUUACGCAUCCAGGAACUUGAAAUGCAGGCACAGCACCACGGACUCCCAGCCUCCAAUAAUAUUCCACCUGGUCUGAGUUCCGACGUCUCCCUGCAGCAUCAGCAGGCAACUCCCCACAGCGGCCAGUCGUUCCCCACGAACACAGGAGCAGCCUCCACCCUGAACCUUUCCAGCCUGGGCGCCGUAGCACAGCCGUUGCCAGCCUCCUUCCUGUCUCCGCCCUCUUCAGACUCCCCCGCCGGAGUCACCAUCAGCAGUCCACUGGACCUCGGCAGCCUGAGCUUCGCCGAGCUGGAUGACCCCACCGCCUCAGCGCUCUACCCUGACGUCGGCCUCGGGGACAUUCUCAUGGACGACGGGUGCACCCUGUCACCCGAGAGGAUGGCCGAGCCGCUGUUUUCUCCUCUGUCACCAGGUGCCUCUAAAACCAGCAGCCGCAGAAGCAGCCUUGAAAUGGACGAGGACUUGUGAUGAGUUUCUAGUGGUCAGAGAUGUUCUGUAGGGACAAAGAAUGUCAGGAAGUGCAGUCUAUCCCUAAUAACUAAGGUCUAUUUAAAGGAUUGAACCUGAAAGUUCAAAGCUAUCAUGAAAACUAACUCAAUAUUGAAUCAGAAGAUUGGUUAUUGAAUAUUUUUUGCCAUAUUUACUAUUGUUCCCAUUUGGAACCGAUCACAUGAUUGUCUGAGUUUAUAAAUGCAAUCUUAUUAAAUGGAAUAUUGUAUAUUAGAGACAUGGACCUAUAGCAUUAAGAAAUGUAGAAUAGUUUUUAAGAUUAAUUCAGAGAUUUAAGAGGGAUGUCUUUUGUUUUUGUUUUUUUAACUCUUGCUAAAUUAAUUAUAGAUGUAAAUUAUAAUGAGAAAAGCUGUGAGGAUGUAUUAGCAUAGCAAACUUACUAAGAGAUGCCAACAUUCAGUAUCAUUUUAGUUUUUGGUUUUCUUCAGCUGACUGGAAUCAGGGUUCGUCGGUCACUCUUCCGCGUUGGUUCUCUCACCAGCAGCUACAGAAGGGAUCUUUAAGUGAAUUGGCACAUUGUGAGAUAUUUACUGCAUAUUGUAUAUAAGAGUAUUUUAUUUUGAGCAAUUUUAUUGCACCUUACCUUAAGGCAGUCUAUGCAUUUUAUGAGAGCUUUUUGUCUUGUUUUUUUUAGUACUACCCAGUGGACUGCUUCUAGCCCAGGUCGCAUGUUCUUGUGAUAAUAAAACCAUAAGCAGCUAGUUGGCCAAAGCAGGAAUUCUUCCAGAGUAGCUACAGAUCCGCUUUUUUUUUUUUAGUUCAUUUACUUAGUUGAACGCAUGAGUGUCUAAGAGAACAAUUUUACCAUUUUCCAACAGUACUGUAGUUCAAUAAAUCUUUUUUUUAUACCUGAUAGUUUGAUAAAAGCUUUUUCAUAACUAAUAUCUGUGUUGUCUUCUCCUUUUAACCUUCUGUGAUUACUGAGUGACUUUUACCAGUUGGCAUGUUUUACUCCGUUUGUUUUAUUUUGGAUGAUGGAAUAUAAUGUCUGAUCAUGCAUUAAUGCUCAAUGUAGUAUGGAUAUCAGAGGGCUCUGACUCUCUUUAAAAAAAAACCACUAGCUUCCCAUCCUCAGAACUGCUUAGAACAAUGGAUGACUGAGUGGAACCUGCAAGUCAACUCCACAGUAAAACAGGCACAAAAAUUCAGAAUUGUAUUUAAUUGCCUAACACUAUCUUGUAUGCGGUUAAUAAAUGUUUUUUGUUUCAAUUUUAGUCUUUCUGUCUGUCCAGCAGGCGGUUACAGCAACAGUCUGUUUGUAAAUCAAAUUUCAGAAUGAUCUUUGUGUCUUAGGGGUUCAUUCAAAACCUGGAGCUACUUCUACUGAAAGCUGCUCCACACCGAAGCACACUGCCUCUCCUUUCAUUGUCUCUGGUUGUUCCUGAACAGCAAUGACCCACCACACGUCCUGUCCUGGUAUAAGUGUGAGUGCUAGAAUUGACUGUCAAAGACAAACACGUGAGUCUUGUCCUGGUAAUUUGGCUUUCGUUAAGAGUUGAACAAAUAAACAACUUUUCUUCAA